CAGUCAGAGUUUGCGACGCCUGUAGAAUCCACAACAACCAGUGAGAUUAGGAGUUUAACCUUUCUUCAAAUUUGAGCCAAUUGCAAGACAAAAUGGGAGGUUCCCAAGUGCUGUUGUGCAUCCAACGUGGGACUAUGGAACGAAGACUGAAAAGAAUUAAGUAAAAAAAAAUAAAAAAAAUAACUCAUGGUGGAUAGGGUCUGAAGUUGGGACUGAACCAGGCUCCGAACGCCGAGGUUUUCUGACCAUAGACUGCAUCUGAUAAGCAUUUACUAGGAACUACACUAACCCGUCGAGUGUGCGGCGAAAUUGGGAUCAAUCGGCACAAAGUGUAUACUUUUUGGGGUGUUUUGUAGCGCCAUAAACGAGAAGUCAACGAUAACUCGUUUUCGGCACCGAUUUCACCUCUUUCGAGUGCUUCAUUUGCGUACCAGAGUAACGCCGUCAAAGUUUUAGCCAACAUUCCAAGCGUGCGAUGAAGAGAAGAUACAUUAAAGAGUUUGUUCCGAGUGCCACUGCCGAUGCAAUCCGCAUAGGCUAGUAUUUGGAAAAUGUGUGUCACAUGUAUAUUUGACAUGAACGCAAUCUUAAAUUAAGAGCCCCUGUUGAUGUUUGCCAUGUUUUUCUCUCUGGCAUUUUUAGGCUAUUGAUGUUUCCCCAAAACUAAUCGCUUUGCCAAGAAAGGAUCCUCAUUUCAACCUUUUAUGGACAAGUUCAAUUUACUUGUAUGUUAUUUAAUUAUGUCUGCUUGACAAGUUUAUUGUAGCCUUCUUGCUUCGUAAACCGUGAUUCACCUUUGAUUUCAGCACACAUUGGACAAAAGUUGGACUGGGAACUUGCGUCUAAACGACUUGCUUAUUUGGAAGAGUAGACCAGUUGUACACGCCACAGGUGUUAUUUUUUUCUACAUUUUACCACAACGCAAUUUGUGAUAUAAUAGACCGCACUAUCUCUAAAACGGUACCAGAUUUCCAAUUUGUGGAUACGACGAGAGAUCAGUGGCCAGCGCGCGAUUAAACUUGAUACAAAAUGGCGGCGUCCCUGGGACGAAUUGGAUCGGUUUCUCACUAUGGUUUUUAUUUAGUUUUAUCGCUGGAACUGUUAAUCAAUUACGGCUUGAGUUCCGAUUUACCAUGUGCUGAGAACUGUACCUGCACUGGAGAUUCUGUGGACUGUAGUCAUUUGGAUUUGACAGAUACACCGCUGGACCUGCCCAUUCAGACAGUUGCCCUAAAUCUUGGCCACAACAAGUUGACAGCCAUUGAUGUCGGAGUCUUCUCAAACCUCCCAAACCUACGAGAGCUGCGCCUGGACCAUAAUGAGCUGACGUCCAUCCCUGAUCUCGGUCCGGCUGUGUCUCAGAUCACUUCCCUCUACCUACACCACAAUAAGAUCCGCACCAUCGAUGGGAGGCGGAUGAGAGACCUGAUCUCUGUGGAAACCCUGGACCUGAGCAACAAUGACAUCACUGAAGUCAGAGUUCAAGGUUUCCCCGCAGGUCUCCAGAUCAAAGACCUGUACCUGAGCAACAACAAGAUACAGUUCCUGGAGGCCGGUGCUCUGGACCAGCUCUCCUCCACCCUGCAGGUUCUGAGACUGAGCCGGAACCGCAUCUCUCAGGUCCCUGUCAAAGGCUUCCAGCUGCCCAAGCUCACCCAACUUGAGCUGAACAGGAACCGCGUGAGGCAGGUGGAGGGGCUGACCUUCCAGGGCCUGGCCAGUCUGGAGGUCCUCAAGCUGCAGAGGAACAACAUCAGCAAGCUCACCGACGGAGCCUUCUGGGGCCUGGCCAAGAUGAAAGUGCUUCACCUGGACUACAACAGCCUGAGGGAAGUGAACAGUGGCUCCCUGUACGGCCUGUCCUCUUUGCUGCAGCUCUUCCUCAGCAACAAUUCCAUCUCCCACAUCAACCCAGAUGGUUGGAGGUUCUGCCAAAGGCUACGGGAACUGAAUCUGUCCUACAACAACCUGAGUCGUCUGGAUGAGGGCAGCCUGGCGGUGCUGGGGGAUCUCCACACCCUCCGUCUGGGGCACAACGCCAUCAGCCACAUCACCGAGGGGGCCUUCAGAGGCCUCAAGGCCCUGCGCCUCCUGGAGCUGGACCAUAAUGACAUCUCAGGCACAAUAGAGGACACCAAUGGGGCCUUCUCUGGACUGGACAGCCUCAACAAGCUAACUCUGUUUGGAAACAAGAUCAAGUCAGUGGCCAAGAAAGCCUUCUCAGGACUGGAGGCCCUGGAGCACCUGAACCUGGGAGAGAACGCCAUACGCUCCAUCCAGCCAGAGGCCUUCAGCAAGAUGAGGAGCCUCAGGAACCUGCUCAUCCAGAGUGACAGUUUCCUGUGUGACUGUCAGCUCAACUGGUUCCCUGAGUGGCUGAUGACCCGGGGGCUACAGACUGGCGUAGAGGCUACCUGUGUCCACCCCGAAAUCCUGAAGGGUACUAGUGUCUUCCAGGCUCCACCAGAGAGAUUUGUCUGUGAUGACCUGCCUAAGCCCCAGAUCACGUUGCAGCCAGAGACCACAGUGACGGUUCUGGGUAGUGACGUGCGCCUCACGUGCACGGCAGCCAGCAGCAGCAGCUCACCUAUGACCUUCGCCUGGCGCAAAGACCAGGAGCUGCUCCGUCAUGCUGAGGUGGAGAACUUCGCCCACCUGCGCGCUAACCACGGGGCGGUGAUGGAGUACACCACCAUUUUGCACCUGCGUCAUGUGACCUUCGCCCACGAGGGCCGAUACCAGUGCAUCAUCACCAACCACUUUGGCUCCUCCUACUCCACCAAGGCCCGCCUUACUGUCAACGUCAUGCCUACGUUUGUGAAGACCCCUCGAGACAACACCAUCCGUACGGGCACCACUGCCAAGCUGGAGUGUGCGGCCGAGGGCCACCCCACCCCUGAGAUCGCCUGGCAAAAGGACGGAGGCACGGACUUCCCGGCGGCACGCGAGCGGCGGAUGCACGUGAUGCCUGACGAUGACGUGUUCUUCAUCAUGGAUGUCAAGCUGGAGGACAUGGGCGUGUACAGCUGCACCGCCAAGAACACAGCGGGCACUGUGUCUGCCAACGCCUCUCUCAUCGUGCUGGAGACGCCCCACCUGGCCCAAGAGCUGGAGGACCAUAGUGUGGUGGUGGGGGAGACUGUAGCCCUGCAGUGUAAGGCCCUGGGCAGCCCCCCACCCAAAAUCACCUGGCUGAGGAACGACGAGCCCCUCCGCUCCUCCGACCGACACCACUUCACCCCCGGCAACCAGCUGUUGGUGAUCGGCAGCGCCGCCCUAGAGGACGCUGGCAGGUACACGUGCGUAAUGUCGAACACGCUGGGCACAGAGCGCGGCCACAGCCAGCUGAGUGUCCGCCAGACCGGCUGCGUCGCCCCGUCCGGCCACAGCACCGUCACUAUGGGCAUCAUCGUCAUCGCUGUGGUGACCAGCAUCGUGGUGACCUCGCUGGUGUGGGUGUGCAUCAUCUACCAGACGCGCAAGAAGAGCGACGAGUGCAGCGUAACCAACACCGAUGAGACAAUCGUGCCCCCGGACGUCCCCAGCUACCUGUCCUCCCAGGGGACCCUCUCGGAGCGCCAGGACGUGUGUAUCCGCGUGGAGGCUAGCAUCGGACCUCCGCUCAACGGACACAUAGACAACACAGGUUACAAUGGGGCUGUAGUGUGUACAGAGUGUAUGGAGAACGGUAACAGCUACUCCAAGACAGACUUCGACUAUCUCACCCAGGGGCUGGGACCUGUAGGCCUGGAGUACCAACAACACCCCCACCACAUGGACUACAGUGUACCUGUACCCCUAGGGGUGGAUACGGGACCCCUCUCCAACGGGACCCCCAACGGAGUCAGAAGGGAUUCCUCGCCACCUGAAUUUACAUCACAGAGAAACCACCACAACAGAAAAGGUUCCUCAGUGAACAGGACGGGACACACAACUCUAGUGUGCUCCCCAUCCCAGGAGGAGGCCUUCCACAAGCCGGUGAAACUCGCCCCCGUAAGACGCCAAGACACACUGGACACGGAUCGUGAGCCAGAGCUCAGACAGACUCUACUGUCCAACGGACACACUCCCAGAGCCUCCCAGAGUGACAGCACCCCCCUCAGGAGCGCUAGCGACUAGCAGGCACUCCCCACCCUGACACUAAUAGACUCACUAGCCCUGAGUGGACUUGUUCUUUGCACUGGGAACUGCUACCUCAAACAGAGAGGCCAAGAUCUGAUCCCCUCCCCUGUUUGGACUAACAGGGUGGGAGCUGGGAGGGGGGUGGCAUCCAGAGGUUUGAAGGCAGAGCUUGUGUGGGUGGCGUCCCAUUUGAGCGUAUCAGCUGUACAUACUUAAAACCUUCCCCUGGGAGGUGUCAACCAAUCCCAGCUCCAAAUGUGACUUGCAUUUGAAGCAUGCAAAUGUAGGGAAUGUUUUACAGUAAUGUGUGAAAGAGAGCGAAAGAGAUAUAUACCAUUGGACAAUUAACUGUACAUAAGAGUUUUCAUAUAUAUUAUAUAACUUUUACAAAGAGUAUUUGAAUUUAUUCUGUGCAUGACAAAGAACGGAGUGAUGGUAUUUUUUUCUCUCUUUUAAAAGCCUCUACUUACCAGCUUCAACUGCGGUGCCUUAUUGCAUGAUCAAAGAAACCACAAACGGGACUUGUAGUAUAGCAGAGAUUUGUGAGAGCUAUCGUACACUCUUUGUCAUACCAUGGAACACUUUAUUGCACUUGAAUGUUGUUUGACAAACGCAAAUGCUGCCAUCAUGGCCUUAAACCAUAACUCAUAUUUACUGGUAUUUUAUGAAGGAAGCUUUAAUUUGUAUUUAUUUUGGUACGUGAUAUGGUAACACCUAUGACAAGGAAGUGUUUGGGAUAUUAAUCUAGGUUUUUGAUGUUUAAGCACUUUUGUACUCAUCAUAAAUGACCUCUGGAAACAGACUCGGUACAUGUAACCAAUAGGAACGUAAGAAAUCCUAGUCAGGAAAUGCGACUCAUUUCUGACAUAGCCAUGGAAUGUCAAGUCUCUUCCACCUGUCAUGGUACUAACUACAGUGCCUUCAGAAAGUAUUCAUACCCCUUGACUUAUUCCACGUUUUGUUGCUAUAACAGCCUGAAUUCAAAAUGGAUUUUCACCCAUCUACACACAAUUACCCCAUGACAAAGUGAAAACAUGUUUUUAGAAAUGUUUGCAGAUUUAUGGAAAAUUACUUUCAAACUGUAACUCGGCCUCUCAGGAACAUGGACUGUCUUCUUGGUAAACAACUCCAAUGUAAAUUUGGCCUUUUGUUUUAAGUUAUUAUCCUGCUGAAUGGUAAAUUCAUCUCCCAGUGUUUGGUGGAAAUCAGACAGAACCAGGUUUUCCUCUCAAAUUUUGCCUGCGCCUAGCUCUAUUCCAUUUUUUUUUUAUCCUGAAAAACUCCCCAGUCCUUAACAAUUAAAAGCAUACCCAUAACAUGAUGCAGUCACCACUAUGCUUGAAAAUAUGGAGAGUGGUGCUCAGUAAUGUGUUGUAUUGGAUUUGCCCCAAACAUAACACUUUGUAUUCAGGACAAAAAAGUUAAUUGGUUUGCCACAUUCCUUGCAGUAUUACUGAAAACAGGAUGCAUGUUUUGGAAUAUUAAAUAUUCUUUACAGGGUUCCUUUUCAGUUAGGUUAGUAUUGUGGAGUAAGUACAAUGUUGUUGAUCCAUCCUCAGUUUUCUCCCAUCCCAGCCAUUAAACUCUGUUUUAAAGUCGCCAUUGUCCUCCUGGUGAAAUCCCAGAGGGGUUUCCUUCCUCUCCAUCAACUGAGUUAGGAACGAUGCCUGAUACGCCAUCCCACGUGUAAUUAAUAACUUAACCGUAGGAUAUUUCUACCAAUCUACAAAUGGGUGCCCUUCUUUAUGAGGCAUUGGAAAACUUCCCUGGUCUUUGUGGUUCAAUCUGUGUUUGAAAUUCACUGCUUGACUGAGGGACCUUAAAGAUAAUUGUAUGUGUGGAUGAGAUGAGGUAUGUCAUUCAAAAAGCAUGUUAAACACACGAGUCUAUGCAACUUUAUGUGACUUGUUAAAAAACAUGUUUACUCCUGAACUUAUUUAGGCUUGACAAAACAAAGGGGUUGUAUACUUAUUGAC